AUGGGCAAAAGAAAGGAUUUAUGGAGGCACAAUGAAAAAGCUAUUCUUUGCCAAGCUUGGAUCACCAUCACCACCGACAGUGCCACCGGAACAAAUCAAUCGGCGGAUACAAUGUGGGAGCGUAUAUCGGCCGAGUACAAUGCACAAAAACCGGCGACUUGCGUAGAGAAAUCAUCAGAUAGUUGUAAGGCUCGUUGGAAUGUAUUUAGUCCGCUAUGUACGAAGUGGCGCGAAUCUCUUACCCAAGCCGAAGUGGACCACCGAAGCGGCAAAAAUAAGGAAGACGAUCUCAUGAGAGCUAGGUCAAUUUACUAUGACAAAGUUGGCACGGAUUUUGUCUAUGAUCAUUGUUGGCGAUACUUGAAAAAUACUAUCAAGUUUGGGGAAACGCCUUCCACCGAAGCCAUGAACAGUAUUCCUACUCCUAUCAACUUGGAAGAAGAUGGAGCACAAGCCGAUGAAGUGGAGCCAACCACAACAAGACAAGCACAACCUCAAGGACAAAAAACUCAAAAGCUAGCAAAGAAAAAAGGCAAGCAACAAGAUGCGGAUGGCUUACGCAUUCAAAUGCAAAAGGCUCAAGAACAAAGUGAGCGUGAAUAUCUACAAAGGCAACAAUAA